GAUUAACGUUAAAAAAAAUGGCAUAACGCAUGGCUUUCGUUCCUCCACGGUAAAUGAGAGUGCACCGGAGGCCGUAGUUGCCGUUUUUUUUCGUGGGUCGUGACACGUUAGGGGGGCCUCACGGGGCUUUCACUCGAAGUGCUGAAACAAGCGUCGAAUUUGUGCAAUUAUGAGCGGCAUGGCGAGCGGUCAAACUGAGCCGUGCACCUCAGGCAGUGCGUCGUUGUUCGCCGUUUCCGAGUGGGCAUACGCGGGCGUCAACCACAGCUUGGCAGGCAACGGCGGGCCCGAGUGCGCCCAAUUCAUAUCCAUCCGGAGGCGCCUGUGGGAAACCGUGCUGGCUGUGCUCUGGACUGCAGCGUUAGCGCUGUGGAGCUGGCGGCGCCUGCAGGUGGGUGCGCGGCGUCGGUUUGUUGGUAAAUGAAGUGGCCCAUCGACCAAGCCAGGAUCACCGCACCUACCUAUGUCCCGAUGUUUCAAAGCCGGGAUAGUACAACGAUUCAAUUCCGACAACCUAGAAUUAUCUGGGGCUGUUAAUGACUUCACAGAGCUUCUCCUCACCGAAGAUGUCAAGCAUGCAGUUGACGUCCUCCACAAGGUGCCUCCAGCGCCAAAGGUUGUGCGAGAAGACCGUGGGGGCAAGCGGUGCCUGCUGGUGCUGCUCUGCUUGGUGUUUGGCAUGGAGCUUGGCUUCAAGUUUGCUUCACGCACCGUCAUUUACAUCCUCAACCCCUGCCACAUCAUCACCAUGCUACAGAUAGUAAUGCUGGCGGCACCUCCCACAUCUUGCCUACUGACGGUGCUGUUUCGAGUGCACAUCCAUUGGCUGAAUGGUCCCCUGCUGGCACUUCUGUUUCCGGUGCUGAACACACGGAUGCUGCCGCUGGAACGAGAGGUGUACUGGGUGCAGCAUGGUCUGAUGCUGGCUGUGCCCUGCUACCUCAUGCGGCUUGGCGGUGUGUUCAGCACAGAACCCCUGGCCGACCUCAGCUGGGGGCUGCUCAGCCUGGCCCUUCAGUACCUCUACCACUUCCUUGUCCUGCAAGCACUGGCACUGGUGACUGAAGUGAACUUGAACAGCAUGCUGUGCCCGGCGGUGUCAGACCCGUUCUAUGGUCCCCAUUACCGGCUGUGGGCACUGGCCCACCAGUUCCUUCUGGUGCUGGUGGCAGGCAAGCUGUACACAACUGUGUGCUCCUGGCUGCUGCGCGUCACCAGACUGCGCAUCUGCUGCAGCACAGGACAGGACCACAAGCAUUCCUCUUAAGGGACCACAGGUUGGGACCACCUCAGGGGCAAUUCUCAAGGUGCGUGCUACCCAGGCCUGCUGCUAUGGCUGCUCCAAGGCCAGCACCAACAGUGCUCAGUUGCCAAGCACCGUGCUGAGAAUAGAAGCUGCAUAAUCUAGCAGCUCUCACACUUCAUGCUGACAGCUGCCUAGCUUAGUAGAUGGCCACGUAGUCUAAGCCUAAGUAGUGUUACCACAGGCGAACUAGCAAUUGUCGCAUCUAUGACAAAUGUUGCCCUAUGGACUCCGCAGCCUUGUGCAAAUAGCAGCUGUAUUGCUCAAUAGGCAGAGUUGGCAGCUACAUUGCAAUGUUUUUUAACUAGAUAUGAGAACACAUUAUUAGUUUUAUUCACAAGCAUGGAAAGCUAGAAUGAAAGUGAUUCCAAUGGUGCUAAUGGGGCCAGUAUAAUAUGAGAUGCUGUGGAGGUUCUCCAUCCACAUAGUUUUGAUGAGCAGUACAGGCGAUUGUGAUGGGUAGCCAUGCUGCAUCAACGUAAUUCUGUGUGCCAUUCCCUUGUAUGUGUACAUUGUCAAAAGAGAAUAUUUUCUUGUGGUAGCCACAGGUAGCUAAGCUUUAUGGUGAUAUCUUAAGCAUAGAGUUGUUAAGAAAAGUGAACAUUUUUUACCAUUAGCAUAGCAUGUGACACCUGUUUUAUAAGUUCACAUAAGAAGUUCUCUAGUCAAUAAAGAUGUUACAGAAAUUGAAA